AUGAACAAUUUUCUAAUGCUACCUCGUGUUCUCUCCAGGCACACGAUCACACAUCUUCCAAUCCUCUUAUCUUUUGUCGUCGUUAGCACGCAGUUGGUAAAAAAUACUAAAAAAUAAGUUCUUUCUUAUCGGCGUUUUGUUGGACCCGUCAAUAAGUUUGGCUUGGCUGGGUAAUUUUAAAUAUAAACAAAGAAGAUUUAGAAUUAUGGAUAAAGCUAGAUUCUCCCCGUCUGGAGAGUUCCUAUCUGUUUGUGGCUCAGAUGGCAGACUUCGUAUUUGGGACACGAAAGGAAAGUCCAGCUGUUUGAAGCAAGAGUUUGUCCCAUCGGCUCACUUAUCGGCGACUUGUACUUGCAUUGAAUGGGCGCCUUCUAGUAGUACAAGCAAUGCGAAAAAUGGGGCACAGGAUAAGAGGAAGAGAAAGAAACGAUGUUUUGAAGGGGACCUAGUGGCAAUGGGGACUGCCGAUGGGUCGCUGUUGCUGUACAGCGUUGCUAAAUCCCAACUGCUGGCACAUUCUAAACAAGCCCAUUCCGGCCCCAUUACCGGUCUUACAUGGAAUCUUAAUACACUUUCUUUGUAUUCUUGUGGCGAAGAUGGUUUUAUUGUUGAAUGGGAUGCAGAGAAUGCAAAAAGUCUGAGUCGUUGGAAAGGAGGAAAAGGACCCUUAUCCUGCAUUUCCAUCUUCAAGGACAUGCUCCUCUCAUCCGGAAGGGGGAUAACUUUAUGGAACUUGGAAACGAAGACGUCCGUUAUGAACUUCAUGGGGCAGCCAUCCACAGUUUCUCAAAUUCAACAAAUUCCCAACACCGAUUACUUUGUUACAAUGAGUUUAAAAGAAACGCAUCUUCAAAUUUGGUCAAAAUCUGAACAGAGUGCAGUAGCUACGUUAAUGCUGAUGGAAAACCCAAGGCAGUUCUGCGUCGUAUCCCCUUCGGGUGGGAAAGUAUCAGUUUCCGCUGUGACAGAAAAUGGCACGCUGUGCACUUUUAGUCACAAAUUAAAUGGGCCUUUGAGAAAACCACUUGCUCCAACUUGUAUUCUUACUGUGAUGGACGCUCAUGAACCUACAACAGUGGUUCCUGUGCUAUCCUGUUUUUUGACUAACGAAGAUGAAUCGUCGGCGGAGGUUAAAAUAGCAUACGGAAGUUGGUCAAAGUUACAAUUUGACUCAAUGGCUGUAAAAUAUCUCCAAGACAAAGUGACAAUCAAAAGAGAGUUUGUCCUCAAGUCUAAAGUUUCAAAACAUAAACAAAAACAGAAGGAUACAGAUAUUGAGACUGAUGUCAUGACUGAGGUUCCGAGUGACGCAAAACAUUUACAGCCUGGUUCAGACAUUGGGCUAAUAAAACCCUUAGACGGGAAAGGCAAAAAACGAAAGAAAAAUCAAGGGUCCAAUAAAGAUGAAGAAGAGCUACCAAUGGAGGAUAGACUAAGUAAUUUGACUAUUGAUGCACCUUCAUCUGGUGGAAUUCCUGACGGAAAUAAUUUAGCUCAUCUUUUGAGCCAGGGGCUUCAUAGUAAAGACGCUAAAAUAUUGCAAUCAGUCCUGUCUCGCUGGGAUCAAGAUGCCAUCGAUAACUCCAUUAGAAGUCUUCCUGUACAAAUGAUUGUUCCACUAUUGAAUGAAAUCAAGAAAAUGGUAUCUAAUAAGCCAAUGCUAAAUCAUAGUGUAAUCAAAUGGCUCAAAGCCAUUUUUAAAGUUCAUUCUGCAUUUUUAAUGUCGUGCCCGUCUUCAGAAGAUAUGUUGGGACCAUUUAUCAGCCUACUUCAUUCUCGAGAAAUUCUGUAUCCACAAAUGUGCCAAUUGAAAGGAAAACUUGAGUUAAUUAAAGGAAAUAUCGAGUCAAAGGAACAUAAAACGGAAAUUCCAAAUGAGGCUCUGCUUGUAUACCAUGAUGAAUCAUCUGAGGAUGGCGAGGACGAGGAUAUGAUACCAUCUGAAUCAGAGGAAUUUUUUGGAUCAGACGAUUUAGUAGAGGACGACUCGGAAAGUGAUGAUUCUGGGGAUGAGCAAAUGGGCUCUGGUGGUGGCGAUGGAGAUGACACAGAUUCAGGAAGUAGUGAUGACGAACAGACUGUUAGUAAAACACCAGUUUCGAAAAUGAAUGGAGGAAAUGAAAGUGACUCUAUGGAAGAUGACGAAUGAUAAUAAUCAGUGUAAACGUGUGAUUAUAAUCUGAGUGUGAAAUUUUUAUGGUUUGCGUAAAUGUUGUUCUGCUCUGAUCACACAAUAACCGACAGUUUACGAUAAUUUAUGUGUUGUUAAGAUAUGACAUGUACGAGUUUUAUUUCUAUAAACAGAGAUUUAAUAAACGCUAAAUUAAUUAGCCCAUAAGCAUUAA